AUGUAUCGAAUAGUUAAUAUGACUAUUUGUUUCGAAGUUAACUCAAGGUUGGAACCAAACGAUUUUCCUAAUUAUGAUCCUUAUUAUUUUAGUGGUAAUAUAUUAAACUGUGGAAAAGUUAAAGUCCUAAUCUAUCGUUCUAAUAAAGUCAAUGUCGUAGGCGCGAAAUCAUUAGAUGAAGCAACUAAUGUAUUAAUUAAUGUGUUACCUAAUUACUCAAUUGUUAAAUCAAAAAUAGUCAAUAUUGUUGCUUCAGGAACAAUAGAUUUUCCAAUUAAUCUCAAUAAAAUAAUUCAAUAUCCUGAGUUCACAUGGGAACCUGAACUUUUUCCUGGAAUAAUGUUUCGAGUGGGUAAACAAGUGGCGAUUUUCUUCUCAUCUCGAAAAUUCAAUAUUGUUGGUUCAAAGUCAAUGUCAACCCUCGAAAAUUUCUAUUACGAGUUUAUUAAUACCUUGAGAAGACGUGUCAACGGUGAUUAA